AGGAGCCGACAGUUUCACCUCACCGUCCAGCGAGGGCAGGCUGCCGCCAUGGAGGGUGCGCCUCCAGUGGCUUUAAACCAGUUAGAGGUCUUGUGCUCCUACGCCGACCCGAACUACGGCUUCCUAUGGUUCUGGUGUCGUGGCAAUUCACUGAGCACUCCCCGUGAGGUCAUGCAUCGGAUGGCCGAGGAGCUCCGGCGUGACUUCCUUUGUGGCCGCACGCUGCGCGUCUACGUGUGGGCACUGCUUUGUCAGGUCACAGGUGCAGAUUCAGACACGGCCCAAUACCUUUGGCAAGAGGCCUGGCGUGUACAGGUGGAGGAGGAUUUGGAGGACGACGAGGCCUUCGACUCCGAGGACGACCGCCCCAGCUCUUACGACGCCACACGGAUCCCCGUGGAGGCAGACUUCGCGGUGGGUAGUUUGCGGCUCUCCAGCUGUUUUGUGCACAGCGUGACCAGUUUGAACACCUCCGAGCAGCGUCGGUUGAUCUUCGGGUCAGAUAUCCUCUCCAGUUGAUUUGCCCGGCCGCCUGCGCAAAUGCCUGCGGAGAUGUUCGGUCACCAUGUACACAGCAUCGAUUCAGUCUGAUGGAUCUGCAUCUGAGUGAACUGCGAGCACACCAAUGGGGUGAAGGGUACACAACAGUUGCAUGAUGCAACCUUCCAUUGAAG